AUGAAAUCACUACAGGUUUAUUCUUUCCUGCUGGCGGUGACUGCAGCCGUUGUCACCGGUGCUCCUCAUCACUUCCAGGAACCUGACAGCGACUACCUCCCUCCUGCAAGAGACUUUGUGGUACCUGACAGCGACUAUCUCCCCCCUGCAAAGGAGGUUGUGGUACCUGACAGCGACUACCUCCCUCCUGCAAGAGACUUUGUGGUACCUGACAGCGACUAUCUCCCCCCUGCAAAGGAGGUUGUGGUACCUGACAGCGACUACCUCCCUCCUGCAAGAGACGUUGUGGUUCCUGACAGCGACUACCUCCCUCCUGCAAAGGAAGUCGUGAUACCUGACAGCGACUACCUCCCUCCUGCAAAGGAAGUCGUGGUACCUGACAGCGACUACCUCCCUCCUGCAAAGGAAGUCGUGGUACCUGACAGCGACUACCUCCCUCCUGCAAAGGAAGUCGUGGUACCUGACAGCGACUACCUCCCUCCUGCAAGAGACCAGAAUGUCCAACAAGAGCUCUUCGAGGAGGAGGUCCUGAGCAACCCUAACCCUUCCUACUCCGUCUCCUACGCCGUGGAAAUCCCAGAAACCCGUGACCAGAAGCAGGCGGAGGAGAGCCGGGCAAACGGCGUGACCAGAGGAUCCUACCAGUACCUGAGACCCGACGGCGUCCUGCAGGUGGUCAAGUACGUCGUGACGAAGGAAGGGGGUUACCAAGCCGAGGUAGAGGAACGCCCUGGCUUCGCCCCCAUCACGCAGGCCCCAGACGCCAAGAACAACGACCCCGAGGCGGAGGUAACGGCGUUCGAACUAGACCUCGAAGACGCCCCUCCUGCGGGAAACAUCGUCCAGAUUUCCCCGGCGCAUUUCGCCCUCAACCACCCUCUUGCCCCGGAGCUCCUCGCCAACGCCAAUGGUCCUGCCACUUCUCUCUCCUUUACCCCCCUUUCCAUCCCGAGCCCUGCAGUGCCCGCUCUCCCUUCAUCUACGUUCCUUACCUUACCUUCCCCUGCCUCAGAGGUAAACGAAAUUGUCCCUCUGUCUGAAUUUCAGAAAAUCUCCAACCCAGUGUUCCCCCCUCCCCCCGUGUUCCCUGCAGCAACCACCCCUAUCGACAGCCAGGAUUCAACCCAAACCACACGUCCUGCCACGGUCCUUACGAACACCAACCUUCCUCUCCCUACCAUCCCUACAGUCUCUAUCGUCCCUAAAAUCCAAGUACCUUCCCCUGCCCUCUCUCCUGCCUUCCCCCCUGCCUCCACCUUGUCUCAGGUAGCUGUUCCUGUCGGUGCCAUCGCCUCCUCACCAGCACUCGUCCAAGCACCCUUCGUCACUUUCAAUUCCCCUCAUACCUCGUACACCUAUUUCAGUAAAUAG